AUGUCGGAUGCAAAGCGCCAUACUCGCUUCAUCGAGGACAGUCCACUAGAUGCCUACGGGGCGCAGCAGGUGGCAGGGCGCAGUACACGAAAGCCGACCCAGCGUCAUAGCCGCUUUCCCGUCCGGCCAACUAUCCGGAGGGAAGGCCGAGACCUCGUCCCGGUACUCACCGGUUCGCCCUGGAAACACUAUGAUACAAAGUACCGGAUCCACUUGGGCUAUUCAUUCGGGGUUGUCACUGCUCGCAAGUCACAUGAAACCAGUAUGAUCCGGUCAAUAACUGGGCAGAACACCGACGAGCAGAUACAGUACCUCCGCCAGAUUUGCCACCCCAAUAUCGUCGCAGCACUAGAGAUAUAUUCUUGUCCCAAGGAAGGUUGCUUCCUACUUUCGGAGUUCAUGCCCACGACCCUCCGGCAUCUUUGUCGGGCACCCAUAUAUCCAAGCGAGCAGCAGCUCAGCUCCAUUCUGCACCAGGUCCUCUCCGGCGCGAUGUUUCUUCUAGAAAGCGGCCUAGUUCACGAAGAGCUCUCUGUCGCGAAUGUACAGGUCAACCUAGAAGGAGAAGUUAAGAUUGGGAACGUUGAGCGUUGCCGUAAGGGUGGUGAUACUUUCAAACUCUUGGAGUCGUUCGGUCGCCUGACGAUGAAACUGAUGGACAAGGAGAAAGCCGAGGACGCAGUUCCAGGUCUGACCUAUCCAGAAGAUUGGUCUCAAGAAGCCUUCGACAUGUUCACUAUGGCUAACUCAAAGCCUGAUAUCAAAGACCUGCUAUGCCAUCCAUUCAUGCUGAGGAGGGAACAGAAGGAGUUGAAAUGGCUGGUCCAUUCUGUGCUUAUUACUGCCUACCAUGAGCGAGAGGAGACGUAG